AGAAAGCGCCCCAUUGUCUUUAUAUAUUUAGGGCUCUUGAGAGCGAGAAGCGCGGCAUUCAUAGCGCCCUUUUGGUGAUUCUUUCUAGUUUCUCGCACGAGUGAUGUGAUCGUAGUUUGUAUAGCGGCGCCAGGGUCUCGGAGGAAUGCGGCAUGCUCAGGCAUCGAUUUUCAUCGAUUCUCUCGUGGUUUGAGCAGCAAUAGCAUGAUCUUGACUGGGAAUGAUAGGUAGGAGGAGGAAUCGGCAGCGCGGCAGGCAAAAUAUUUGAUCCAGGGAUCAAGGAAGGGGGAAAGGAAAUUCAAGGCGAUGGCGUCGUCGACACUGCGAUUGGCAUCGCUGCUGCUCGUCCUCUUCUACUUCUGGUACCCCCAGCUCGGCAUCGGCUCGAAAUUCGCGCACUCGCCGCCCCGCCGGAGGCAUUUGCUCCAAGAAUCUGCCAGCAAUCCGGAAAUAUUUCCAGGGAAUCACUCCUCGCUGCUGUUUGCGCGCUCCAAAUUCUCGGUGGGGAAGCACGACGAGGAUCGAGCGCCGUGCGAGGGCGCCGCCAAGCACAAGGGUUUUUCCAGCCCUUGCUCCUACGCGAUGGCACACGAGGACUGCCAAUCCGGCGGCCUCUUCGAGUACAUCCAGAUCUACUACUGCAUCGACGCCGAUAAUCCACACCCCCGGCUCAAGAACAUCCUCUCCUUCCUCGCGAUCUCCCUGUGGCUCGUCGCCCUCUUCUACAUGCUGGGCAACACCGCCGCGGACUACUUUUGCUCGUGCCUGGAGCGACUGUCGCAGCUCUUGCGACUGCCGCCCACUGUCGCGGGGGUGACGUUGCUGCCACUGGGCAACGGUGCCGCUGACGUGUUCGCCAGCGUGGCGUCCUUCUCGGGCUCGCACCGUGGCGGCGCCGUGGGCAUGAACUCGGUGCUGGGCGGGGCAGUGUUCGUGGUCACGGUGGUCACAGGCGUCGUGAACAUCCUGGUAGCCAGCGGCGAUUUCGCGAUCGAUGGGCGAUGCUUUGUUCGCGACGCGGUGUUCUUCCUGGCGAGCCUAGGCUACUUGAUGAUCGUGCUGUGGAAAGGCAGCGUGAGCGUGUGGGAGUCGCUGGGCUACCUGGGGAUCUACGUGAUCUACGCGCUGGUGGUGGCGGUGUGGGAGGUCUGGAGGGCCAGAUGGGAAUCGCGGAGAGGAGAUGAAGAAUGCGGGGGGGAGUAUGCCCGGCUGGAAGGAUCCAAGGGGGCCUCGAGCAUUGAGAGGGUGAUCACGGUGCCGCCGUGGCUGUGGGCGAACCAGGUGGCGAUCUACUCGCAGGAGCAGCAGAAGAUCGAGGAGGACGCGGCAGAGGCGGCAGAGGCAGUGCGGUCGAGCAGCGAAGAAGAGAAGAAGAUGACGCGAUCCAAGAGCUUGCUCAAGCUGGGGCGCAAGGCCUCCCAGGUGCUGAUCGAGUGGCCACUCCAUCUCCCUCGCCGGCUCACAAUCCCAGUGGUGGACGAAUCGCGAUGGUCGCGACCUCGCGCGGUGGUGGCCGCCACGCUCGCGCCAAUCCUCCUGGUAGCGGUGUGGAGCGCCCAGAAUGGGAUGCCCAUCACUGGCGAUUGCCCGUGGCUGGCGGCGGGGAUGCUGGUGGGGAUCGUCCUGGGCGUCACCGCCUACUUUACCACGGUGGACGAGCGUCCGCCGCAGGGUCACGGCACGGCGGCGCUGGUAUGGAUCGCCGCGGGCUUCUUCAUGAGCAUGGUGUGGUUUUACGUCAUCGCGCGGGAGCUCGUUGCCGCGCUGGUCAGCCUCGCGGCGCUACUGGGUAUCGACGCGGCGAUCCUGGGUGUAACCGUGCUGGCGUGGGGCAACUCCAUGGGCGACCUGGUUGCCAACUCAGCGCUGGCGUCCCGCGGUGGUAGCGCCGGCGUCCAGAUCGCCAUCGCGGGGUGCUACGCCAGCCCCAUGUUUAACACGCUGUUUGGGCUGGGCGUAUCGUUUCUCAUCGUGGCCGUCCGAUCGCACGGCGCGGUGUACGUCAUCCCCGGUACGGAGAUGGCUAUGCUCACCCUGGUGUUCCUCGCGGUGGCCAUUUUAAUGGCCAUUGUGGGCAUGGCCGUACAUAGGAUGCGGCCUAGCAAGACGCUGGGCGUGGGGCUCAUCGUCUUGUACGGAGCAUUUAUGGUGGUGAGAGCCUGCAAGUCGUUUGGUAUCACACUGGUAUGGUAAAAAAGAAAAGAGUAGAGUUUAAUCUAAAUAGCGAUCAAAGAUCUUGACACACUGGCGAUUACUUACUGUACAUCUUUUUCUACUAACUUAUGAAAAAGGAGAUUUUUACUUUGCUGCAA